AUGGCCAACGCAGCAAAUCCCAAGACGCGGAUCACCUUUGAGGAGUACCUCGGCUGCACCGAGGCGUGCUUCGAGUGGGCGGACAGCUAUGACAGUAAGGACUUUGACCGGUUGAGGAAGUGCAUCGCUCCCACCUUGAGGGUCGACUACCGUUCGUUCCUCAACAAGCUCUGGGAGGCCAUGCCGGCUGAGGAGUUCAUCCAGAUGGUGUCGGACAAGAAGGUGAUUGGCAACCCCCUCUUGCGGACGCAGCACUUUAUGAGUGGCAUAAGCAAGUGGGAGAAGGUGUCGGAUACCGAGAUCAUCGGCUACCACCAGCUCCGCGUGCCACACCAAGUCUAUACCGACAAGAGCUGCACCAAGGUUGCUGUCACCGGCCACGCCCACAGUCACAACACCCACUACUACAAGAAGGUCGAUGGCGUCUGGAAGUUUGCUGGCCUCAACCCGGAUAUUCGUUGGACCGAGGGUGACUUUGACAAGGUCUUUGCUGACGGGCGUGAGGAGCUUGGUGAGAUCAACUAA